GCUGAUGCCAAACAGGUGAGCCUUUUUCAACUCCUCCCCCCCUCCUGACCGACAUGGAGCCACUUUGGAAGCUCGCCCGGCGGGUUCACACCAUGAUGGUCUGGGCGUCUGUUUUGUGUUUUGUGGCUUUUCUCGGCGUACAGACCGACGGUCGAGCCAGGAUGACCGGCCAGCCCCGCCAGGUGCCCGUGACCGACCACCAGGUGUUAGCGGCGGCUCAUUUUGCCGUGGCGGAAUUCAACAGAGUCAACCCGGAGCAGCACUUUUUCUACCGAAUGUUGAAUAUAACGUCAGCAGAAGUUCAGGUGGUGGCUGGUUUGAAGUACUACUUGGUGGUGCAACUGGAUCGCAUGGUGGUCUGCAGGACCAACACUACUCAAGCCUGUCCUUACCACUUUUUAAUCAAGGAGCUUCAGUGCAGCUUCAUUGUUACGGAAAUUCCCUGGGAAGAUUCUUAUGUGCUUUCUCAAACCAAGUGUCAACCUCUCACGUCUUGAUUGCUGCCUUUUUAAGUAAACUUAUCACUGUGCUGUGUUUGUGUGUGUUCAUAUAAGCUGUCAUGGGGGGUGGAAAAAAGUAGGGAUUAGAUGGAAAAGUACUUGAGUCGAUGUACAAAAAAUGUUAUUGGAGCCUUCUUGGUGUUUUGUGGAGCACACAUUGUGGCUCUUUACACUGACUGUAGGAACUGAUAUCAGUGGUGCCUUUUUUGAAAUGGAGGCAAAGCAAGCACAGCAGGUCUUGGAUGUGAUUUUUCUCAAGCUGCUGCUGAAAGCCGUCUGUCGCUCUCCUGCUUUGUUGAAAGUGCACCAAGUAAAAGUGAGUUCAGAUUUUUAUAUAUAUAAUUUUUUUCCACGUUUGACCU